GAGCUAGAUAGAUAAAACAGGAAAGCACAGGAAAACACAACUGAAUAAAGACACCAUGGGUAGUCAAGCCUCUGCUCCUCCACCCACUGUUCCAAUUGGUCCUGACCUGAGAAUUGUGAUGAUUGGAAAAACUGGAGUGGGGAAAAGUGCUGUUGGAAACACCAUCCUGGGCAAAUACUCUUUUAAAUCUGAACCCAGAUUUGGCUCUGUGACUGACACUUGUGAAAAAGAUCAGAUUGAUGAAAAUAGAAAAAUACAUGUGGUGGACACACCAGGGAUUUUAGAUACAGAGAAAUCUCCAGAGGAAAUCCAAAAGGAGAUAGUGAAGUGUGUUCAGGUGUCAUCUCCCGGUCCUCAUGUCUUCCUGCUGGUGAUUCAGCUGGGCAGAUAUACCAAAGAAGAACAGAAUGCUGUGGAAGCCCUGGAGAAACUCUUUGGACCAGAGGCCUCCAAGUACAUGAUUGUAGUAUUUACUCGAUGUGAUCAACUUCAGGAUAAAACACUACAAGAAAUCGUACGCAAUAGUCCUGCAAAGCUCAGGGAGGCGAUUCAACGAUGUGGUGGCAGAUUCCAGGCUUUCGACAAUACAGAUUCCGGUAGGCAGAAUAGAAGUCAAGUUGUUGAGCUGAUCAAGAAGAUUGAUGACAUGCUGGCAGCAAAUGGAGGAGGGCACUACACUGACAAUAUGUAUCAGGAGGCAGAGAGAAAGAUUCAACAGCUAAACGACCCGAGGGAAGAGGCAGAGAAAAAACAAUACACAUUCAUCCUUUCUGCUUCAUUCCUUUCUGCUCUCCUGACAAGAAUUGCUUUGUUUCAAAAUAUACUUGCCAGGGAGAUUGACAUGUGAUUGUGAAUAGAAUGUGAACAACUAGUUAAAGGAAACAGUCGUUUAUGAAUAACUGUUGUAAUUUGAAUAACUAACUGUAUCAUUUGUAUACCAUUUUCUUUAUGUCAGAUUGUUAUAGUAUCUGUACUAACUGUCACUUUUUGGUAUGUAGCACCAAUAUCCAUUUAAAAACUGAUUAACAACAAAUGUAAGUGGAAAAUGUUGGUGUUAAAUAUACAUCUAAAAUACAAAACAGUAUGAGAAGAUCAUUACUUGUUUGUAUAGCUUUGGUUGUAGUUUGAAAUACUGAAAUGUAAAUGUAGUGUAUUUUGUACAGAAAACAUUUUGUUUUGUUAUAAAUAUGCUUGAUUAACAUACAAUAACCUUAAAUCAGCAUUACAAAACAUAAUUAACUACGAUGAGCUAUGUGAAUUUCUGACUAUACAAUUUUUAGAAAUGAUUACAAGUUGAGUGAUUAAAAUGCAGGAAGUGUGCACAUUACUUUUGUACUUGUGGUUGGUCAAUCAAUAAACACACAUGAUUUGAAAG